AUGAUUUCUUGCAGAAAACCAUUGGCAGAUAGAAGCGCUUUCUUCUCGAACUCAAGUUCGCAUUCACAGAAUGGCGUUGCCAACUCAGCAAAGGAUUGGCUGCGCUUUGCAGAUUAUAAUUUCAAAAACGGAAAUAGUGCAUCGCAUCCGGAGCAGCAGCAGCGCGCCAAACAGAUAGGCUUGACCACCGCCAUCAGCUGGGAUGAGCCUACUAUUGAAGAACUGCAAAGAACAGAGGCAUUACGCAAAGCAUUACAGCCAUUUAAGGUGUUUGAGAAUCAAAAUGAGCUUAAUCGUCGUGUGCAGAUUUUGGCUAAACUUAAUACGCUUGCCAAACAAUGGGUUAAAGUGGCAUCAAUGGCAAAGAAUGUGCCCGAGGCAGUUGCCGAAAAGCUCGGUGCGAAAGUUUACACUUUCGGUUCAUAUCGUUUGGGUGUACAUCAUAAGGGCGCUGAUAUUGACGCACUCUUUGUCGCACCACGCAACAUAGAACGCACUGAAUUUUUUACGUCCUUUUUUGAGUUACUAAAAAACCAAUCCGAAGUGACCGAAUGUCGUUCAGUGGAAGAAGCCUUUGUGCCAGUCAUAAAAAUGAAAUUUGAUGGAAUUGAAAUUGAUUUGGUAUUUGCGCGUCUAUCACUAAAAGAGAUACCCGAUGAUCUUGAUCUAAGCGAUGAUUAUCUACUUAAGAAUUUGGAUCAAUUUUCGGUACGCAGUUUGAAUGGUUGUCGUGUGACAGACGAAAUAUUGGCGCUAGUGCCGAAUGUGGAGAAUUUCCGAUUAACGUUGCGCUCCAUCAAAUUGUGGGCGAAAAAACACGGAGUUUACUCCAAUUCUUUGGGCUACUUUGGUGGUGUGACGUGGGCGAUGUUAGUGGCGCGCACUUGCCAAUUGUAUCCAAAUGCAACACCUUCUACUCUCAUACACAAAUUUUUUUUGAUCCUGUCUCUCUGGAAGUGGCCAAAACCCGUACUGCUUAAACGACCUGUCGAUGUUGAUUUGCGAUUUCCGGUUUGGGAUCCACGUGUUAACGGUGCGGAUAGGUACCAUCUAAUGCCCAUUAUAACGCCGGCAUAUCCGCAGCAGAACUCGACCUUUAAUGUGUCGGAAUCAACAAAAAAAGUUUUGCUGAAUGAGUUCAGCAGAGGAAAGAUUAUCGUAGAAGAGAUUAUGAAUGGUCGCGCUUCAUGGGAUCGACUCUUCGAAGCGCCUAGCUUCUUUUACAAAUACCGCCACUUUAUAGCGGUUUUGGUUACAUCGCAAACCAGUGAUGAUCAGUUGGAGUGGUGUGGCUUAGUCGAAUCAAGGAUUCGUCUAUUGGUAUGUAAUCUAGAGCGCACUCAGCAUAUUGCAUUGGCGCAUGCAAAUCCUACAUGUUUUGAUUAUAAGAAAGGCGCUGCCGUCACACAAAAUAACAGCGGAAGUGAGGAGGAUAAAACACAGCCCAACGGCAAUCCAUCAGUUUGUACAGCGCCAUUCUGUUCGAUGUGGUUCAUCGGCUUAGAAUUCGAACGUACAGAGAACUUGAAUGUGGACCUUACACAAACAAUUAAAUAUUUCGUCGAAAGUGUUAUAAUGCAUGCGAUAAAAAUACAAAUGCUCAGAGAUGGUAUGAAUAUCGAUGCGGAAUACGUGAAGCGUAAAUCGCUUUCGCAGUAUUUGGAUACGGAUUUGUUGAAACGUGAACGCAGGUCCAUGGAACAAGAAAGUAGUUUCAAUAACUCCAUUUCAGCCAAUUGUAAACGAUUGUUGACGGAUUUGUCAACACAGAAAGAGCCUGCGUCUAAAAGGGUGCGCUUGAGUGAAUCGACGAGUUCGGAAGAUUAA